GUACUGCACUACUACUGUCCGCGCCACACCAACUGCAACACACGGCAAGCUCAACACGACAACAAUACCACCAAGGGACGCUGUGUGUGUUCUAAGCUAGAGAAUAGCAUAAUGGCGGGGUGCUGCGGGAGCGACAACAUGGCGGCGUGGCUCCAUGGCGUGGACGAUUUGCGCGUCGAGCCACACCCAACGGAGGUCGACAAGCCGCUUGGACCCAACGAUGUUCGAGUCAGGGUAGGCGCCGUGGGCAUCUGCGGGAGCGACGUCCAUUACCUCAAGCACAUGCGGUGCGCCGACUUCGUGGUGAAACAGCCCAUGGUCAUCGGGCACGAGGCCGCCGGUGUUGUUGCCGAGGUCGGGUCGGCGGUGCGAGGCUUGGCGUGCGGGGACCCCGUUGCCCUCGAGCCGGGCGUGCCGUGCCGAUUGUGCGAGCACUGCAAGACCGGCUCCUACAACCUGUGCGAGAAGAUGGAGUUCCAUGCUACCCCGCCAGUCCACGGCUCGUUGGCGCGGUUUGUGACGCACCCGUCGGACUUCUGCUACAAGCUCCCCGACGGAAUGUCCCUGGAGGAGGGAGCCAUGUGCGAGCCUGUGUCGGUCGGCGUCCACGCUUGCAGGAGGGCCGGGGUCCCCGGGCAGAAGGUCGCCAUCCUUGGCGCCGGGCCUAUCGGGCUCCUGAGCAUGAUGGUCGCCAGAGCGUUCGGGGCGGCGGUGGUGGUUGUCACUGACGUCUCGGACGAACGGCUGAAGGUCGCCAAAGAGCUCGGAGCCGACGUUGCGGUCAACGUGAAAGGACUCUCUCCCGCGGAGGCCGCUGCCAAGGUAGUGGGAGAUGGCGGUCGCAGGCCGGACGCGUGCGUGGACUGCUGCGGGUUUGAGUCGAGCGUGUCGACGGCUCUGGCGGCUGCCAAGAGCGGGGGCAAGGUUUGCCUCGUGGGGAUGGGUCACAUCAUGAUGAGCUUGCCGAUCACUGCUUCGGCCGCCCGGGAGGUCGACUUGGUAGGCGUGUUCCGCUACAGGGACGCCUAUCCUACAGCAAUUCAUCUCGUUGGAUCGGGGGCCAUUGACGUGCAGCCUCUCAUCACCCACCGCUUCAGCCUCGCCACGAACUUCACCUCAGACACCAUCAACGAGGGCUUCAAAGUGUCCGCGAGAGGGGGGGAUGCUAUCAAGGUCAUGUUUAAUCUGGUGGAAGAUGCUGGCAAGCCGUCGUCAUCCGCCGCGUAGCAGCAGCAGCAGCGACAUCAGCAGCAGCAUCAGCAUCAUCAGCAGUAGAUGCAGCAGUUGCCGUGGUAUGACACACUUGCGGCGUAUAGCUUUCCCCAAGCUUGUUUCCAGCUCUCACAAGGGGUAGGAGGAGGCUUAGUGGUUCAGCCGAUUUUGGCUCAAGGCCAUCGACAAAAGUAUUUUGCUGAAGUUGUUUGUGUGUUUUUGGCAUUCAGCAUUGGCCGUGCUAGUCGACUGAUCAUUGACGUUUCAAGCGUGACAAAACGCGAACAAUCUUUCUGUCGGCUCCCUAGCAGGUCGCGGAGGGGCGUUGAGUGCGUUGGAGAGGGACAGACAGGACGCCCCCAAAAUGGGAAAGGGCCGAGAGAAAGAGAGAGAG